AUGGAUUCAAAUAUUCAAGACUUUAUAGACACAUGUAACUCUGACAACACCUGCAACCUCACCAACACCAACACCAACAUCACCAACUUAACUGCUUCUGCUACCUCUUCCUCAUCUGCUUCCACUUCCAUCAUCAACAACAACACAAGCAGCCGCUACGAGAAUCAGAAGCGCCGUGACUGGAACACCUUUGGACAGUACCUCAAGAAUCACCGUCCCCCUCUCUCCCUCUCCAGGUGUAGCGGUGCACACGUCCUUGAAUUUCUACGGUACCUGGAUCAAUUUGGGAAGACAAAAGUGCACACACCAAUUUGUCCCUUUUAUGGGCACCCGAAUCCUCCAGCUCCAUGUCCAUGUCCUCUUAGGCAAGCUUGGGGAAGCCUUGACGCGCUCAUAGGUCGUUUGCGUGCAGCUUUUGAAGAAAACGGAGGGAAACCUGAAGCAAAUCCUUUUGGAGCUCGUGCUGUGAGGCUCUAUCUUCGUGAGGUUCGUGAUCUGCAAUCCAAAGCAAGAGGAAUUAGCUAUGAGAAGAAGAAAAGGAAGCGCCCUCCACCGCACCAACAAUCCAUGCCACUACCUCCACCAGGUGCAAGUGCAACUCACUAGGAGAGUUUUCACUCCAUGGGAAAUUCUACUCUCUCUCUCUCUCUCUCUCUCCCCUUUCACUGUCACAAGUUCAAAACCUUAAUCUCCAAGAGGUUUUUCUUCUUUUAAGCUCAACAAGCUUUUAGAAUCAUGCUUUAAUUUAGUAUCAUAUGUAGGGUUUUUUUUCUUCUUUUUUUCUCUGUUAAUUUUUCUCAAAGCUGCUAUAUCUGGUCCAUAUAGACUGUUUGUCUUUGGAUCCUGUUAGCUA